AAGAUGGAAGGUGUUGGCUUCAUGGUAGCUCUUUCUGAAAACAAACACCGCAAGAAUGCAAUAUCCCUGAUCCAAAAUACAAAGAGAAUUAUUCAAAAAAUCAAGAGGAAUGUUCUGAAAAAAACUUGCAAUUUACGGAGACAAAACUAUCGGUUCAGAUGAAGCCAACCAAACGGCAUAGCAGGAGCCCGAAGAAAGAAAGUGAUCCUCAAAAAGAAUCUGGUAUAACCACGAGAGUACUCAUGUAAUGCUUUAAAAAAAAAAAAAAAAAAAUCAAGGGGCCAGUAUUUCCUAUACCGUGGAAUCAGACACAUUGAAUCAUCUAAGAGGAUGUUCUCUCCCUGCACAGAAGAAACAGAAAGCAAAAAAAUGUUCCAGCAUCAAAAAUAUAAAAAAGGAAAUGUUACAUCAGAUUGCUGAUAUCUAGAAAAAGGAGGUUCUACAUCAAAGUGAAACAACUAUACGGCAAGAAUCAUAUCAGCCAAUUAUGCCAGAAGAAGUGGGUGAACCGACUGUGCCACAAAAAGUAGACAAACCAACCAUGCCAGCUCAAACACGUGAACCACCAAUGUCACAAGAAGCAGGUCCUAGUGACAUACCUGAGAAAGGCCAAGUACAACAGACAGAUGUGCAUUGUAUUGAUAAGAUGCAAGAUGGGCAAUGGCUGCCAUGGCUCAAUCUCAAAUCAGAGUGCAAAGACAAUAUAAUCAACAAUGAGUGGUUGACACAAUAAUUGAUGCUGCCCAGACUCAUCUAAAAAUGCAGUUUGAUACAGAUGGAUUGCAGAGUUGUGUGUUAGCACAAUUUGGCAUGACGCCUGUGACUAGGAAGGCUGUUCAAAUACAUUAUGAUGUGAACCGUCACCACUGGUUCACAACAGCCUUCCAGAAAGGGAUUAUUGCGGUUGCGGACAGUUUAAGAACAUCACACCUGUCUCCUUCAGCCAGAAGGGAGAUAAACCAAUGCUACGGUAAUGUCAUCAAGAAACCACUGAAACGAGUUCACAUGGUAAAAGUGGACCAGCAACCAAACGACGACGAUUUCGGCGUAUUUGCAAUUGCAAAUGCUUUCGAGCUGUUGAGUGGUAGGAAUGCCGCAUGCAAAUACAUUCAUCAGCAAAUGAGGAAACAUCUUAUCUCUUGCUUGGAGAACGGGAAAAAAAAUAAAUCACAGCAUUUCCAAAGAGAUUGUAAGAUUUUGAAAAUGAAUGAUACAGGCAAAACCUCAAUAUAAGUAUACAUAGUUAAAAUAAUAAAUACUGAUCUUUCUGACAGGUACUCUCACACCUCACCCAUUUGCCAAUUAUUACACUGACUUUCUAUAUCCAAUUCAAACUGCUAGCACUAAUCUACAAAGCUCUCACACACUCCACACUACAUUUCCUCUUCUCUCAGCAAAUAUACCUCUUAUAAACUCAUUUCAUUGUCCUCAUCACUACCCUUGCACUCUCUCCCCUGACACUGUUCUUCCACAUACCACUUUUACUAGCUUAUUUCUACACAGACAUCUUAUCCAUCAAUCCAUACCCCCUCUGACAUGCUGUUAUUUCUCCUAUGUGUUUGUUUGAGCAGGGCCUUCACCUCUUUGUUAUAUUCUGUAUGUAAAUUACUUGUUGGCAAACAUCCAUAUUUUAUAACUGUGUAUGAAC